AUGGCGGCAGCACCACAAGAGUCGCCCGCCGCUCUUGUCUCACUCAAGCACCUGGAUGCUGAGCGCUUGUCCGUUUUCACGCUGGCACUGGAGAACAUUUUGAGUCUCUCUGACGUCGAGCUCACAUAUGCACAAAUUGUUGACGGGCUCCCGCUCCGAAAAGCGUAUGCCGAGUCCCACUGGCCUGUCCCGACCAUCGUCUCGGAGCACGAAUCCCUGUGCGAUGGCGCCUUGGACCGCGUGCGCGAUGCCAGGAGCAAGCUGAACAUGGAGACACUUCUCUUUCCGCAGACAGCCCUGGAGCGAUACACCGACGCCCGUGCUGGCUCCGUUGCAUUUUGUCUCUGCUUGAUUGAGCUGCUGGCCGUCGCAUGCCAUCAAAUUGGCGCCACCCUCUACGAAUGGAGCGACGCCGAUGCCCUCCAUAGCCGCACAUCCGUGCUGGCCACCAUCGGUCACGAGCUGGACGCGAACCGGCGCAACCGUGUCUGCCAUCCGAGCCAUCUGCCGAAACACACUCACUUCUACUACCGCAGCUACAUCUACCAAGAUCAAUACCCGCGGGGCGUGGCCGACAUGGUGGGCUACUGGGCGGAGACACGCAUUUUUGGCGGCGUCGCCGUGUUUGACCGGGGCCGUUCUGGUGACGCCAAUGGCGGCGUGUACUUUCACUCCGACAGAAAUAACUACGGCACCUCGUUGUACCCGCCGACCGAAGACCAGUUGAAGGCGCUCAUGGCAUUCUUCACGUCUACAGCAGCCGCAUCCCUACCCCCCGAAGCAAGCCCCCUUCCCGUCGUUUCUAAAGACAAUCGGUGGCGGUGGGACGCGGGCUUCGCAUUCCUCCACUGGAACAUCUUUCGGGACCGCUACGAGCGACAUGUAGGACAAAACUAUCGGCCAUAUCGCCACAAAAUGCCGUCCAGUACGUGGCCCGAAGUCGGCGACGACAAUGAAAUUUUCCGUCAGUUUGUGAUUGAACACGGUGGACUCGGGCCGGUGGACCACGCGGCCAUUGCGACGGCCAAGGAGAACCUGAAAAAGAUCACACCCACAUCGCCGAAAUGGCGCGGACCAAUGCCGAGCAUGGAUGAGCCCAAUCCGCCGUGGAAGCCGCCCUACUACCACGACCUGACGAGGCAACUGGAGUAG